GUGCCGGGGCCGGGCUUUAUAGCGGCGGCGGCGCCGGGGGUCCGAUGCGGCGCGGCCGCCAUGGACCUGCACAUCCUGGAGCACCGGGUGCGGGUGCUGAGCCUGGCCCGCCGCGGGCUCUGGCUCUACACCCACCCGCUGCUCAAGCUGCUCUUUCUGCCCCAGCGCUGCAGGUGCAAGUUCUUCAGCCUGACGGAGACCCCCGAGGACUACACCAUCAUGCUGGACGAGGAAGGCUUCAAAGAGCUGCCGCCCUCCGAGUUCAUGCAGGUGGCGGAUUCGACGUGGCUGGUGCUCAGCGUCGUCUCCAACGGCCGGGAGCCCUCCGGCUGCCAGGCCACCGGCGUCACCAAGAUCGCCAGGUCGGUCAUCGCGCCGCUGGCCGAGCACCACGUCUCGGUGUUGAUGCUCUCCACGUACCAGACCGACUUCAUCCUGGUUCGGGAGCGGGACCUGCCGGUGGUGAUCCACACGCUGGCGGGGGAGUUUGACAUCUACAGGGAAGAAAGCGGCGAGUGCGUCCCUGUCACCUGCGACGACGUGAGCAACGGCUUCCUCAAGCCCAAGCCGGCCGCCAGCCCCACGCUGCACCCCGUGCAGAGCCCCCAGACCCGCUUCUGCGUCCUGACCGUGGCCCCCGACACGCUGCCCGCCAUCGCCACCAUGCUCAUCGACGUCCUCUUCUACUCCCACAGCCCCCCGAGGGAGGCUGGCGCCGGCAGCCAGGACCUUGACUCCAUCACCUUCUUCGCCUUCUCCCUCAUCGAGGGCUACAUCUCCAUCGUGAUGGAUGCCGAAACCCAGAAGCGGUUCCCCAGCGACCUGCUGCUGACCAGCUCGACGGGAGAGCUGUGGCGGAUGGUGCGGAUCGGCGGGCAGCCCCUCGGCUUCGACGAGUGCGGCAUCGUGGCGCAGAUCGCCGAGCCGCUGGCCGCCGCCGACAUAUCGGCGUAUUACAUCAGCACCUUCAACUUCGAUCACGCUUUGGUCCCCGAGGACGGCAUCGCCGAGGUGAUCCAGCUGCUGCAGCAGCGCCAGGAGAGCGGCAGAUAGCGGCCGGCUGUCCCCACGGCGGGUGACCCAGCGCGGUGGCAUGGCACCAAGCAGGAGCGUGCCCAUGUCCCAGACGUGUCUUCUCUGCGUCAGCUCCAGCACGCUUGCAAGCCGCCGGGUUCCUGCAACCUCUCCGGGCGCUUUCUUUCCUGUCUCGCUCUCUUGUCCAGAGUCAUGAGACGCCGGUGACGUGCGCCCAAGCGAUGAAGAAAUUGCAGCCGGCCCAUGUGGUCACCGGUGCUAUUUUUGUCCCCCUUGGAUGUUGCACGCUCCUCCGCCACCCACUUUCCUCCGGCGGGGUGGCCGCUGUGGUGGUUUCCUCCCAGCCCGGCCCGGCAGGGACCCCGCACGGAGCUCUGGGAGGUGACGGUGCCAUGUGGAGGGGCCAGGGCCACCUGUGGCCGUGGGGGAUCUGAAGGUGGGUGCGCUCUGCCCGCGUGGUCCUGCUCACCCGGCCAGGGUGCCCGAGGGUCCUGCCAUGGCACCACACACGCUGGAGGGCCCACGGGGUCGGGGAGGGAGGGAUGGACAGGCAGAUGGACAGAUGGAUUGGUGGACAGAUGGAUGGAUGGACGGAUGGAUGGAUGAAGAGGUAAAUGAAUGAAUGGAUGGAUGGGUGGGUGGAGGCAUGGAUGGACAAGUGGACAGAUGGAUGGUGGAUGGAUUGACGGACAGACUGGUGAAUGGACGGGCAGAUGGAUACAAGGAUGGAUGGACAGGUGGAUGGAUGGGCAGGUGGCUAGAGGGAUGGAUAGACAAGUGUAUGUAUGUAUGGACAGGUGGACGGAUGGAUGAAUGGGCAGGUGGCUGGCUCGUUGGACGGAUAGAUGGAUGGAUGGGUGAGUAGAUGGAUGUAUGGAUGGUUCAUUGUAUCGAUGGAUGGAUGGACAGGUGGAGGGAUGGAUGGACAGACGGACAGAUGGACAAACUACUUCAGUCAGGCAGGUGUGGAGAGAGAAGGACGUUCUCCUGGCUCCUCCACCCCUCCAGGGCUGCCUUGGGCACAGCCCUGCCUGCCCCGACCCCACCGAACCCAGCCGGGGGACGCGCCGAGGAGGAAGAGGAGGCAGCUGGCGGAGGAAGCGGCACCAGCCCCACUCCCGCAGCAGGGAGUCCUGCAGGUCGAGGGGCAGCUGGGGAGGGGAAAUCUUGGGAAAAGAAAACAUUUCUUCUUCUGAGUCACGGCCGCCCUCUUCCACCCUGGAGGAGAUGUUAUUUCUGGGUCGUCCCCCCGCCUUGUGCCACCACCGAACCCUCGGAAUGCGCAAAUUUGGCCCAGGGCGGCUCGCUCUGCUCACACCGGCAACUUUUGACGGUCGUCAAAAUCAACCAUAUUGCAA